GUCCCCGUCUCCACUCUCCAGCUCUCCCUCCAUCUCUCUCUCUCUCUCUCUCCCCCUCGCUCGAUCUCUCUCUGAUUUCCAAACUGCGAGCUCGAAUCGCCGACGAACGAGGGAGGGAAAAUCCCGACGCAAAUCGCCGGAGCUCGGAUCCCUCGCCAUUUCCCCGCGGACCACUCGCUCUCCCCUCGCGUCCUCCGGAGCCCGAAUCGGGCCCCGGCAUCGAUCGCCUGGUUCGAUCCCGUCGAGAUUCGGAGCUCCCCGCCGGAGGAAUUCCGGGCGAAGAUCGGAGAACCAUGCCGCGGGAGUCGGCGGCCGGGAGAUCUCGUGAGACCGGAGCGCGAUAAAAUCCGAUUAGCAGCUCAGCUCUUGUUCUGGAUUCCGAGCCGGAGAGGCGCGGAGAGGGAGAUGUCUACUGAGAAAGAUGCGGAGAAUCCGAAGGCUGAGGUGGCUCAAGUUGAUACUGGAGCCUCUUCUUGGUACAGUGCUUUGCUUCACCAAGCCUCAAUUUAUGGUGUAGCUGCUGGAUACUGCAUCUCAGCGUCGUUGCUCUCGAUCAUCAAUAAAUGGGCCAUUAUGAAGUUCCCUUACCCCGGUGCUCUGACUGCUUUGCAGUACUUGACGAGUGCUGCUGGUGUAUUCGUCUGUGGUCGGUUGAAGCUCAUCGAGCACGAUCCACUUGAUCUGGUGACCAUGUGGCGGUUUCUGCCCGCAGCUAUAAUUUUCUACCUGUCUCUCUUCACCAACAGCGAGCUCCUCCUCCAUGCCAAUGUUGAUACGUUCAUCGUCUUCCGUUCCGCGGUUCCCAUUUUUGUUGCCAUAGGAGAGACUCUUUUCUUGCAUCAACCAUGGCCUUCGGUGAAAACGUGGCUCUCACUGGCCACGAUAUUUGGUGGAAGUGUUCUUUAUGUGCUUACAGAUUAUCAGUUCACAUUCAUGGCAUACAGCUGGGCUCUAGCUUACCUCGUGAGUAUGUCGAUAGAUUUUGUGUACAUCAAGCACGUGGUCAUGACCAUCGGACUAAAUACUUGGGGUCUUGUGUUGUAUAAUAAUCUUGAGGCUCUUCUACUGUUUCCUCUGGAGCUUUUUAUAAUGGGUGAAUUGAAGAAAAUCAAGCAUGAAAUCUCCGACGAGUCAGAUUGGCACUCCUUUCAGGUGGUUUUGCCUGUGGGAUUAUCGUGCAUAUUUGGUCUAGCGAUUUCGUUCUUUGGGUUCUCCUGUAGGAGGGCAAUUUCUGCCACUGGAUUUACAGUGCUUGGCAUUGUAAACAAGCUAUUGACAGUUGUGAUUAAUCUUGUUAUCUGGGACAAGCAUUCCAAACUGCUAGGAACAGUGGGGCUUUUGAUUUGCAUGAUUGGAGGGAUCAUGUAUCAGCAAUCUACAAGCAAACCUAAGCCUGAGAAACAAGUAGAAGCCAAAGAGACUGAGGAGGAACAGCAGCAGCUAAUUGAGAUGCAAUCUAGCAAGCAAACCUCCGGUGAUGAUGAGGAGAAAUGAGCAUUUUGGUGAAAGAAAAUCAUUUCAGUUUUCACAUUUCUGUGUCUCAAAAUAUUAUGGUGGAUUGUCCACACUCCACAGUUAGAUUGUUCUGAGCAGCAUAAAUUGCUUUGCACUUUUUGUGAGUACCUACGCCGUUUAUUGGCAUCCUCAUCUGGGCGUACUGAGUCUCCAUCAUAUCUGACAAGAAGUCUAGAUAGAUGAUGCAUUCCUUUUGCUACCAUUCUUUUCCCAUUCAUUCCAGUGAUCUAGUGAAUACGAAGAAUUAUAGAUUGUUCUUUGUGUACUCUUCCAUUUUACAUGUAGGAAUCAGAUAUGGCACAGUGAUAGCUUAAGUAGCCAUUUCAAUUGUUGCAGGAUAUUACAUGCUUUUGAAAUUGGAUUGAAUUGAUCUUGGUCAGAGUUCCUUUACUGA